AGUGCGUGUAGUUCUUCGCUGACUUUCGUGAAUGGUGAAACUCUUCUUCAACUUCCCGUAUUAAGGAUUAACACGCGAUUGACACACUGGUGACAUCACUACUCCUUUGUCUUUUACCGUCGGAAAUGACACGGGUUUUUUCUUCUUUCUUUUUUCUAUCUGCUUAAAUUUUUGUUUUGGAAUCAAAAAUCGUUUUAUCAUCUGUUUCGAUUCCACCCUCCUGUUAGAUUCUUGCAUGCUGAGCUCACGUGGCUUGAGAAUGUUUAACUACAUUUGAUCGCCUUGCUGAAUCGAUCACUCCGUGCAGCUAAGGAAAUGGUCUGACCAAAGAUCUUUUUUCGCCUAGAGAAAAUUGAAAUCAAGUUGGAUUACCUUUUCUUUGAAGAUUUUCCUGAUGUGCCACGAUUUGAUCGAAUGAGGCAUUCCUACCGCACACCGAAAAAAGGGAGGGAGAUAUCAAACUGUGCUGCUCAAGUAACAUGCCCUCGUUUCAAUGGGGUAGUGAAUGUUUUUUGGAAUUGCAUUUACUGACAGCCGCCUGCCAAGAUGACAACGUGUCACGAUCCGUAUAGAGAGCUAGAGCUUUAUCUGGAACAAGCGCAAGAAGAAAUUGGCCUAGCAAUUAAAGAGUUGGAAGAUAAUGAAGUCAGCUUGUUAUCAGAUGACUCCUUAGACUGGAAAAAUUUGAAUGACACUCUUAUACUUCCUCCUCAAGGAUUUAGAUCCGAAGAAUGGAACAACAAGACUAAUUGUGAAUUAUCUAGAAUCAAUGCUGACGACUCUUCAUCUGUUAAUCGCGUAUGCUAUGAAGGUAACAUAUUAGAUUUUGGAUAUCCUGCAACGAAAUUUGACUCAUCCCACAAUUCUAUCGUUCCUCGUACGUCCUUCGCUUCUAGUUUCAGUACUAGUGUUACUGGAAAAAAUGGAAAGACAAUAUGUUCACCUAACACUAGGAAAAGAUUGUGGAGAAUGCACCAAUCUAUAUCAUUUCCCGAAACUUCAAAGGACCUUCUUUUAUUAGGUAAAGAUCCUCAGACUUCUGAUUCCUUGAUACCUAAUGGUCGAACUCAAAAAUCUCCCGAAGACAACUAUGAUUUUCGAACAUUACAGUCUUGUGGAAGGAAAUGUCGCCAGCGUUCAAAUUCUGACACUUUACCUUCCAGUUUGUCCUAUACUGAACCUCAUUUGCUUGAGGAAUUUCACGCAUUUCCGAGGCCUCCUAGUGGUGAUGUUAAUCUUUUAUCUAUAUGGGCGGAUAACUUAGUUUUAGAAUUGGAUAAGAGUUUAUCUGGAGAAUUAAUGAAUUUUGCUGAAAGCUUUAGUCCUUCUUCUGAUUACAGUUUGAGUCCAAUCAAGCAAGAUGAAAAUUUCAAAGAUUCCAACUUCGCAAGCACUCAUUCAGAAUCAGAUAUCAAACAAAACCCAGAGGAAUCAAAUGAAUUUCUUCUUACAGGUAAAAACCUCAAACUUGUGUCCAGGUCUCCAGAUAGUGGGAUUGAACAAAUUUCCUGUAAUACACCUGAUUUUUCAGAAGAUUGUGUUGAUUGUGCACCAGUGUCAAGGAAAAAAGUGAAAGGUUUCAGUUCAGAUUUGCUUAUUUCUGAUAAAGAUACUGAUUACAUUGCACCUCCUCCACCACAAUUUAAGGAUGAAAAUCACAGUAUUCGUAGUAUUAAGGAUAGAUCACAAGCGACUCAGACGACACAUUUUUGUAGGAAACCUAGCUGUUUGAAAUCAGCCGAAUAUGUGUUAGAGGCACAAGAAAUGGUUGAACCUUUCAAUAAUGAUAAUAAAGGCAGGAUUUCUGUUGCGCAUGCCAUUCCAAUAAAAACAAUAGAGCUCGAAAACUCUCCAGUUGUGAGAACCUUAUGUGUUAUCAAUGAUGGCUCAGAAAUGAACAAGAAUAACGACACGCAUCAAAAAUCGAUUUCAAGUGAUUCAAAAGAUAAAAACCUUAAAGGAAACAACCUUUUACAACCACAGAUCCGUUCUUUUUUUUCUAGUUUACCUAAACCACCUAAAACACCUCCUAAUAAUGCUGAUAAAUGGAGCUCUCUGCCUAGGGAUGGUGGGAAAAGCCCCGAUCUCAUUUGUCCUCAGCGAUCAGUAUCCCAUUCUGCUGUUUCUAACGUCAAUUAUGUGAGUAUUGAUGAAUUAGCUACUUUCAUGCGGCAAAUGAAGAGCGAUUCUUAUCAACUGCCCGCCUGUGCUGAUGUAUCUACUGAUGUAAAAGAUGACAAAGAAAAUCGAGAUGCUGUUACUCAAACAACUCCUCCUUCAUUAAGUAGAAGCUCCAGUUUUACUUGGGUAACUGAAUGUGACUGUAGUGAUUGGGAUGUGCAAAACGAACACAGCGAUACUGACGAAAGUCUAGUGAUGUCUGGUUGCUCUAACUGCAAGGCAGAAAACAGGGACCUCAAUUCCUCAUCUUCUUCAUUGGAUAUAUCUUCCAAUUGCGAUGACUGUUUGCCUGCCUCACCUGGUUCAGCAGCCAGUAGCUUAUACCUUUCCGCAUGUUCUGGAUCCAGCGAUUCCUUUGAAGAAGCUUCUGUGGCUUUAGUAAAUGAUGAUACUUCUUCUGAUUAUUUUAAAUUCCCAGAUGGAGAUCUGGAUCAAAAUAAUCACCAACAACUCCGCAGCAGUGAAAUUACACUGCGUGGUUCAACCUUGGGCAAUAUAUCGGAAGAACAAAUAACAAGCGAGACGAUAUCAGUAAGGUCCAAUAUUAGUAAUCCUUCCUUGGCUGAUUCAAAUAAUACUGAUCCUCAAGGGCAAUCUGCUUCUUUUCCUUCCACAUUAAGAAUGAGCCGCAAAAACCAAUCCACUGGUAGUCCAGCACAGCCUAUAGAACCAACUGUCCUAGUCAUCAAUGAUUUAAAUUUGAAGUCUGUGUCUGCACCUGUACUGAUGAGACAAAAGCGACAUGUUGCAAGUUCGAAGACUCCAGAAUCAUCAUCUAGUGAUUCUUCCCCUCCAACGGGAGCAAGAAAUAAAGAUUCUAUGUGUGCUUCUUAUCAAGUUCCACCUAGAGCCCAUUCUGCAAAGGAACUUAACGAACUUCAAGCUAUUGAAGCCUGUAGUUGGCUCCGAGCUGCAGGAUUUCCUCAAUAUGCUCAGAUGUACGAAGACAACCAAUUUCCCAUUGAUAUAUCAAUUGUACAAAAAGAUCAUGCAUUCCUUCAUCCAGAUUCCAUACAGUCCUUAUUCCGGCGGCUGAAUACUUUGAAUCGAUGUGCUAAAAUGAAAUUCAUGGACCAUGCUCACCGUAAAACGCUUUACACGGAAGACAGUGAUGAUGAAGAGCAGUAUGCUUUGAGUGAAAAUUGGGAGUUUCAACGCUCUAGUAGAAGAUGGUCUCGCAUUCCUUCGCCUUUGGAUGAUGCUACAGAAUUUGUCGCCAAAGAAUCUCUUGCUGCUUCUAAACCAACUGCUCAUCUGCUAACAACUUCAGGUCGAAAAUAUUUGAGUCCAGAAGAAGCGUAUUGCAGCAGCCACGAUAGUGUUUUUGUCGAUGAACAGCAUAGUAGUCCGGACAGUAUUAGGCGAUCAACUCUUCACAAAAGUGAAAGAAUAUCUGUGUCUCCAUCAAAUAUUAUUGGCGAUUGCAGUCCAGGAUCUAGUUCAGGUUCUGGUGGUACUCUUAGUUUAGUCUCUGAGGACAUGCAAGAACGUAGGACUUUGCGUAGAAGCGGAAGUGACAGAGUUAAGGAAGGUGCUAAAGCAUUAUUAAAACGAAUGGAAAGUUUAAAAGGAAAAAAAAAGAAAAAGGCAUUAGAUACCAAUAAAUCACAAACAGCUCACAGUGGUAAUGACGGAAGUUCAUCUAGUAGUUUAACAUCUUCACCUCAACUUCGACGAUCCCAGAAGACUCCACAUGCGCAGUCAGAUACUAGCUUAAGGGAAAGUGACAGUGUAUUGUACAAAAGCAAAGAUGAUAUGAGUGCUCAUAGUGAUUCAGAGUGUCGUUUAUUCCUCGUUUCAAAUCGACAGAAAGAUGCUAACAGCAACAAUGAAAAAGGUACGAAACUUUGUAAUACUUCAGUGACUGUCACAUGCCCUCCAGAGGAAUAUUUGUCAGAAACAAACAAAGAAGGUGACAAAGAAUACAACUACUUGAAACCUGAAUUCCAUACUAAAACCUUCUUAUGUUCAGAGUCUCCAGAUGGAGAAAAGAAUAAAGGGAACAGAGGUAGCUAUUAUGAUAAUGUGUGCGCUCCACUUGUGGUAUUUAAUGAUUUAUUUACUGAAGUCACAGGAGAUGCUGAAAAUAAAAACAGAUCUAAGACAAAAGGGGCUCAACCACCAUUUACUGACCAGGAUUUCUAUGAAAAUCAAGAAGAUGGCGAUAUCAUUAUUCUUAAUAAAGAGAGGCGUGAUUCGGGUGUAGGGUCGUCUUUACAGAGAGGAAUUACUUAUCAUCAAGCUCCCUGGCACUAUUUACCAUUUCAUAGAGAUCCUGAUGCGACAUUAUUUUCUAACCCUAUACAAAUAACAGAAUUGACCGCUCCACAAAUGCUACUCAUUCGGAAAUUAUCUCUUUUGAAGCUGACUACAAUUAUGGAAAAAUUUUCACCCUCAAGUCGAACUGGAUGGACCUGGGGAGUUCAAAAAUUCAUAUGUCGUAUCCGAAAUCCCGAUUAUAAAGACAAAGUUGUGUUUGGAGUUCCUUUGCUUUUAAUUCUUCAGAGAACUGGUCAGCCACUCCCUGUUUCAAUACAAGCUGCCAUACAACAUUUGCGGAAAACGGCUUUGGACUCUACUGGUUUAUUUCGAAAGUCAGGUGUUCGAUCACGCAUUCAGAAGCUGAAAACUCUUAAUGAAACUAUUCCUGAAAAAAUUAGCUACGAAGAACAGCAAGCCUAUGAUGUAGCGGAUAUGCUGAAGCAAUAUUUCAGAGAACUUCCAGAAGCACUUCUUACAAAUAAGCUAUCAGAAACCUUUAUUAGCAUUUUUCAGUCUUCCGUUUCAGAUGUGCCGGAAGAACUACGCCUUGAAGCAAUUCGCGCUGCUCUAAUGUUAAUGCCAGACGAAAACCGAGAAGUUCUUCAGUCCUUAUUGGAAUUUCUACACGAAGUUUGCCAGCAUUCGGGAAUUAAUCAGAUGACAGCUACAAACAUUGCAGUGUGUUUUGCUCCAUCAUUGUUUCAUUUAUCUACUCCGCGUAGCGCAAGUUCUAGUCCACGUCGAAGAAAAACUGUUGGAGUUCCUGAUUUAAGAGAAUUAAAUGAAAACAGAGCUGCCUAUGAGUGUCUAUCAUGCAUGGUUACAAAUUACGAAACUUUAUUUACAGUUUCUGAAGAAAUGUUAUCUCAAAGUCGAAUCACAUCCACCUCUUAUUUCCAACCAGCGACUUUAGAAGACCUCUCUUCUUUUGUGUGUAAUGGUCAGAGUGGAUGGAAAGGUUAUGUUGAUAGUUGUAUUCAAAUAUUUUUAAAGGAAGCCAAAGAAAAGUAUAGAGGAUGGAAAGCUGUUUCCCAAAAUGACCAUGUUGAGCUGGCUUAUAAAAAGUUGUCUGAUGGCCAUCCUCUUAAACUGUGGAAAGUUACCACAGAAAUUGAAGCUCCUCCUGUAGAACUUUUAAAUAGAAUUCUCAGAGAAAGGCAUUUGUGGGACAGUUCCUUUUCCAAAUGGAAAGUCAUCACUCGUUUGGCUAAACACACUGAGGUAUUCCAGUAUUUAAGCACUUUCUUACCUCCUCAUCCUCCUUGUGAUUAUUGCGUUUUAAGAUCAUGGAGGACUGACUUGCCAAAAGGAGCUUGCAUUUUAAUAGAAACAUCAAUUGAACAUCCUGAGGCUGAAAAAGUUCCAGGUAGUGUCAGGGCUCUAGUGUUAGCUUCACGUUAUUUAAUUGAACCUUGUGGAUCUGGAAAGUCCCGCAUUACCUAUAUCAGUAGAAUUGACACAAGAGGCCGUUCUCCAGAAUGGUAUAACAGAGCUUAUGGACAUAUUUGUACACUUUUAUUAGUAAAGUUACGCAGUUCAUUCUCUCGCUGUCGUGCAGAUGGGCCAGAAACUAAAGUGUAAAAAGUGCCAUUGAAAAUUUAUAAGAUAAAUUAUGUAUAUAUUUAAUAUUGAAAGCUGUAACUAUUAUAUAAAUUUGUUUUGUGUUAUAAAAUUCAUGUAUACCAUUUUAAAAAAACUAGUCAAACAGAAGAAAAUAAGGAUUUAUCCUGUUUUAUUAUUAUGUUAUUUAGAGAUGUGUUAUUUACCACAAAUGUGUAUUGUAUUCCAUAUAUGCCCGAUAAAGUUUGUUCCCGAAAAUGUAUUUUAAUUUUUCAACCUGUUGUAGACGUUCCAAGAUUAUUGUCACGCUUUAUAGUUUUGCAUUCAUUGAAAAUAGUGAUAAAUAGUUGACAGUGUUCCUUGUGAAAUUAACUUUUAUGAAUUCCUAACAUUAAAAUGUAAUGACUUACUUUUAAGCAUUUGUGCUUCAUGAGAUUUGUACAGUAUGACAUCCGAAAAAAAAUUUCUAAAGUAUUAUUGUGAGUUUUUUCUUUCUUUUUAAUGUUUACUUUUGAACGAAAUACCUUUAACAUAAUGCCUAUAACAAUGAUUUCAUAUAUCAUUCGCCUCAUUAUCUAUAAACUAGAUGUUUUUUCAUUAAUAAUAUGUAAAUAAAAUUCCCUCCCCUAUUUAAUGCAAACUUUAAAUUUAUUAUUGUUUCAUUAAAGAAUUUACUAUUUCUCAUUUUAUAUAUUAUUUUGGUGCAAAAAAUUUUCAUGAGUAUUUUUCACUUACCAAAAAUUUUUCAGUAUAAUAAUUUUGUUUAUAAAUUGCUGAAUAGAAAUUUAAAAUAUAAUUAACUCUUACUGUAAAAUAUCUUUGGAAUGCACGAAUGUGAUUUAGAAUGUAUUGAUGUUGCUGUAUUUUAAAAAUUCAGUCAUUGAUUUUUAUCUGCUUCAGUGUAACGAUAUGAUUGAUCAAUGGUUUAUUCAUAUAUAUAAGGUGUGUCUUAUAAAAAGUGGAAGAAGCAUUUAUUUCCUUAACUAUUGCAAUUAGGCAUAUACUUCUGUUGCAAAUUUCAUCAAAUAAAGUAUCAAAAUAUGUUUAAAUACUUUAACUUCUGUAGAGGUUGAGAAUAAAGAAUUACAAAUAUUAAAUAUUUACACGGAACCCAUAGUGUAAAAUGCUUAUGAAUAAAAUGCCUUUGUUGCACUCAUAUAUAAAGACACAAAGUUUCAGUUUUGUUAUCUGUAAAAUUUGUUGAGAUAUUAAAAAGCACAUUUAUUACCGUAGACCAUUUUCCAUUUAUCAGAGUGGUAUUUGAGCGAGUUUUUCAUAAUCUUUUUCAGAGAUAAUACAAAUAUCACAAAAGAUUAUUAAACAGGUAGAAACAUAAUGCAUUUGCAUGAUGAUGCAUUAUCAACUUUCAUUAAAUUUUAAAAAAUGGUCAAGUGAAACAUUGAUUGAAGUGGUGAAAAAACUCGUUCAAAAUUAACACCUUCGACCCUUCUACAAAGCUGCAUUCUUCUAACACUUGCUUACAGGCGAUCUAGUUUGUCGUUUGCGACGUCAAGACGGGCUUCUUGAAUUCCUCCAAUAAAGAUCUCCUGUGUGUACAGGAGACGUGUUGUAUACAGAAGAAUAAAAGCAAUCCUUUAAGUAAAAGCAUAGAAGGCGAGUCGAGUGAUAUAAGAGGAAAUGCAGCUGGUCCUUGCAAACCUAUCCGUCUAUCAAGGAAUUCGGAAGGAAACCAUCGUCUUACAACUGACGUAUAGAAAGAAGCACCAUCUAUUUGUGACUACAUCUGUUGAAGUUCUAUCAAAAACUUAAGAGUUCAGACAUAAUGCCAUUCAAAACUAACUGAAUAUAUCGGUUGCCUUUCAGCAUACUGGUGUACAAAAUAAGGUCAGUCAAAGAGUUUUUAACAAUGCCUCAUCACACAUUUGUUUAAAAUUGUUACUAAUGAUGAGCCUCUUGCAACUAGAAUGUUUUUUUUUUCAUUCGUUUGAAAAGUAAUUGUUCUGACGAUUUAUGCUCCCAUCCCGAUUAAAAGGAGUUAGUCUGUCCAAAUUAUAUUUCUGAAGGACAAUUUUUACUACCAGCUGAAGUGGCGCCCUGUUGUAAAACUUGAUAUGCUGACGAUGAACUGAUAGUCUCUGCCCAUGGAGUCCAUGAAUGAUAUGUGAAUGCCAGUAAAUGCAUUAAAGUAUUAUCAGCUUUGUCGUUUUUGUAAUCAUGAGUUCUCAAUUGACUGUUCGCAUACCAAAAUUAUAGUAACUUAUAACAUUAAAACUGAAUAAGCCAAAAUAUCAAUUCCUGCAUCACUUAUAUAAAGCCUCGUCCCCUACCGUAGUGAAGUAAGAAUCCUGUAAUUUAUAAUCGCUAAACCGUUCUGUAAAUUCCCUUUAAAAAGAGAUGCUGGGAUCUCGGAAAACGACAAUAGUAUUCUGCAGCUAGGCCAAUAUUACGAUUGCAUACAAUAUGAAUAAUCAAUAUUUCGAAACGUUCCUCGUUAUUGAAAUAUAUCAUUGUAUUGAAAAGCUUAAUCACGCACACGAUUCUUCCAAUACUCUGAGAUAUCUGAAAUGUCCAGGUUUCGAUGUAAUGAAUGUUUAUAUUGAAAUUUGAAUUAAAUGAAUUUUUUCAUCCAAAUUUGUGAUUGUCAUUUCUAAAUACAAAAAUAAGCAUAUCUCGCCAAAUUUUAUGUAAAUGUAGACUUUGUGUGUUCAUAAAUGAAUGUAAGAGAAGCAUUUUACUUAUUGAUACUUUUACACGAUGGAGUAAAUAUAUAUAUAUAUAUAUAUAUACUUUUUAAUUUCAACCUCUACAAAAACCAAAAGUAUUUUUAAAUAGUUACCUGCCUUAUUUACUGAAUAUAACUGGAUAUAUAUCAUUAAGUGCAGUGGUUAAGAAAAUAAACGCUUGUUUCCAUCUUUUGGGAUCUCUUGUAUAUAUAUAUACAGAGCCAUUCCUUGUUACUAUUGUACACAUUCCAUAUUAUUAUAAAAGUUGGUAAAAAUAGCUACAAAUUCUUUUCCAACGUGAUUAUUUAAAUUCUCCUAUUGCAAUUAUAAAUAUACUGUUAUUAUUUAAAAAAUGUGAAAUCGUAUUGAAACUUUUCAACAUAUGCAUUCAGUUUCAUCUAUGUUUUAAAAGAUUAAACUACCAAAUGUUAACUAUGUGAUAACACAGUAAGAACAUUGAAUUGCUAAAUAAAUGAUGAAGGAACUAUUGGAAUAAAACAGCAUGAUUUGUGAUGAGAGCUAAUAUUAAGAUUUUCUGGAAGUCAUUAACUUUCAUAGCUAUUUUCAUUUUUGCUAUUAACUUGCCAUUAUUAUGAUAUUAUUGAAGAAAAUAAAGCUGUGUAAGAAAUACUGUUUUUAGUCUAUUCAGAUUUAAUU